AUGCAGAACGUGGAUUUGCCAGAAAGAUUAGAAAAGCUUAGCGGCUUGCUUAAUGGAUCCGAAAAGGUACUGCCGACAGAACAGGGGAGAUACUCUUCAACCUCCAAUGGUGUACUAAAGUUGUGGAAAUAUAAGCCCCGGAAACAUCAAACGCACCUCAAUAAGAAUAUACUAAGUGUUAACACCAAACAGUUAAUUACAGAGGUCCAAGAAAAGUCAUUUUUGUAUGAAAAUGUAGUUGAAACGUCAGCAAAGAAACUUGGUAACUACAGGGUACGAUCAAAACAGGAUGUAAUGAAGAGAUAUCAAAGCAUAUAUGAGGCAACGAGGUAUAGUUUACUGAGUUGGGAUGCGAAAUGGGUGAAUCCUCUGAUGCUGGCUUUGAAGGGAUGGAAUUUCUUGGUUCUAAAGCAAAGUAUGUUGACUUGUGUUUGCCAUAGUUGCAAGAAAACUGUCACAUUAAAUUUGGAACAACCAGCACGACUGAGUGUUUACGACAUACUAUCCACGGAGAAUCCUCUUAAUAAGAAGUACUGGCACACCUUAGUCGUUGAUUCUCAUUCAGAUAUAUGUCCCUGGAAACAAAACGCAUUCCCACUAGAAGACGAGUAUUACUUGAAAGAAACUAAUAUUAUCUCUGACAUUGAACGUAUCCAACAUGAACUUGAAAAUAGAGGGAGUAAUUUUUCAAAGCUGAAGGCUGCUUCAGAUAGUCUUAAAUUGUCGACAGAAGAACUAAAUAUUAUUUGUUCCUUCUUUGGAUGUAAGCAAGAGGAUUCGUUUCUCGUUCUUCUGUUAAAUGGGUGGAACCCUACCUCUAUUUUAUAUGUUUUUUCCUGCUUGUCAUGUCUGCGUAAAGUCUCAACUGGAACACUAAGGGAUAUUAUCUCUUUAAGUCCCCAUGACCAUGAAGCAUGGUGCAAAUAUCAUGAUUCCAAACAACUUCCCAACUUGAUUAUCCAAUUGCUUAAUCAAUCGAAAUUUACUCUCGAGAAUAACGCAACAAGCACAAAGGAAAUGUUGUCAAAUAUGAAUGACUUCCUAGAGACAAUUUAA